UCCACAUCCUGCAAUGUUCCACUCCACCGGCCUGGAAGUGCCACCAGCUGUUCGGGUUCCGGUCUAUCCCCCUGGGGGGCCGACUGCAGACAGACGUGGUCUUGCUUCCUCUCGCCAAAAAACCAGCUAGCACUUGUCAAACUAAAUUGCAGAGGAACCAGCUGUCCAGGAGUCCAGCCUACGCGGAGAGAUUUUCAAACCCAGAGCUUUCUCCUUUAACUCUGCUUUGACUCUCCCGUUUAAUACCCAGCAAACACACCGAGGAUGGGAAAAGUAGGGACAAAGAUGCUCAGGAUGUGAGAGGUCACGGAGUUGGUUUGGUGAAAAGCGGCCGGGGCACCGAGAAGAGACGAGGAAGGAAGGAAAACGCAGCUGCUCCGGGGCCAAAACCGGAGAAACGUCGGGGGCCGGACAGAAGAAAAUCCAGAAAGGAGGGGCGUCCUGCUGGCCACAGCGGUCGCUAUGGAGCUGUUGGGCGAGUACAUCGGACUGGAUGGGCAGCGACAGCAGCUACGGGUGCCCUGUGAGGCGCCGGGCGUCACCGACCCUUUCCAGAGCUUGUUGUCCGGUGUGGCUCAGAUGAGGGAGCUGGUGACUGAGCUCUUCGGCUCUCAGGUACAGCAGGAAGCACAGGACCGGGUGGCGGCGGCUCCCGACGAGGCCUUGGACGGUGAUGAUGAAGAUGAUUCAGAAGAUGAAAAUAACACUGAUAACAGAACUAAUUCAGAUGGACCAUCUGCGAAACGGCAAAAAACACCACCUUAACUAGCUUUUAUGAAAUUUAAAAGACUGCUACCUUAUCUUAUUUACCACACACUGACUUUUAAGGAAGACUUGUGCUCUUAAUUUGGAAAGCAUUUGUUUUUUUUCCCUGGGACAGUUCUGUCAAAGAGAAACUUUUCUUCUGUUUUCAUCAAAGAAAGACAUAAAUGCUUAGAAAUGAAUCACUUUUCUUGGGUGAGAAGUCAGUUUCAGAUCAUGGAAAUAAAAUAGACAUUUAAUAAUGUAUAAUAUCCAGUAAGUUGGCAACUGAAUUCUUACUUUAUACUUUUUAAAUACCCAUUGGAUUAAAUUGUGUGGUGUCUACAUGUUUUUGCUUCUGUUAUAAAAAUAUAUGUCAAGGUUUAUGGACAUUUCAAGGAACUGACAUGAGCAAGUGAUGAAAAUGAGGUGUUAAAUUUAAAAAUGGCAGGUGCUUCCUUGGUGGUCAAGUGGCUAAGACUGCAUUCCCAAUGCAGGGAGCCUGGGUUCCUUUCCUGGUCGGGGAACUAGAUCCUGCAUGCUGCAACUAGAGUUUGCAUGCCACAACUAAAGACCCACCAUGCCGAAAUGAAGACUGAAGAUUCUGCACAUGCCACAACUAAGACCUGGUGCGGCCAAAUAAAUUUAUUAAUUAAUUUAAAUUUAAGAAUGGCAAUUCCAUGUAAGUAGAAGGAAAAUGGGAAUAGUGGGAAAUACUGAAGGGAAAAGACCCGAGAAAACCUUGAAUCCACACCUGAACUCAAUAUACAGACUUCUGGAGAUGAUACCACUCAAUAGAUAGAUGCUUAUCUUGUACCUUAAGAGAGUCAAAUUGGGGUGUGCUUUUAUGCUGUGAUACACUGUUUAUGUUAACACGGAUAUAAGUCUUUAGGUAAGCAACCUGUGUUGACUAUAACUUAGAUAAUUUCAUGUCAUUCUGUAGUCAGACUUUGAUUUUGAUUAACAAGGAACUAUCAGGUCCUUUAAAUAUAUAUAUAUAUUCCUAAAA